AUGUUUGAUUUGACCACAAAUUCAUACAAAUGUCGGGAAACUGAAUGUCAGAAGACAUGCGAAACCGACGAAUCAUUUCGAAAACAUUUAUAUAGAUAUCACACAAACCGUGUGUUUAAAUGUGAAUACAAUGGAUGUGAUAAACAGUUUUCAAAUCCGUCUGCACUCAAGAAUCACGUGAACACACAUUCAAGUGAUAAACCAUUUAAAUGUCAUUUCAAUGGCUGUCUGUUUAGCGCCAAAACGAAACCCACAUUGAGAGUACAUUUAGCGAGACAUAACACGAGGCAAUUGUUUACAUGCGAUUUCAUUGGCUGUCAGAAGACAUUCGCCACGUCUGGAGGUCUGUGUUAUCACCGGCGCAGACAUCGAAGCGAACCCACGUUUAAGUGUUCAACCGAUGGAUGCGUUGAGAAAUUCUUCACGAAAAAUAUACGCCGUAAACAUCAGGUCUCAGUCCAUAAUCGUAAGCCCGAACCUAAGCGCAAGUAUUCAUGCGAUUGGCCGGGAUGUGAGUGGACGGGCGUUGCCAUUAGUCAGCAUAAACUGCAACACACGGGUGAGAAGCCGUUCCCGUGUUUAUGGCCAGAGUGUGGCAAACGGUUCGGUCGUACAGAGUAUUUGAAAUAUCACAUGAAUAUUCAUAACAACGUUAAGCCCUAUGCGUGUCAUUGGCCCGGAUGUACACACAGUUACGCCCAUUUGGCUAAUCUUCACUCACAUAUCAAGAGAUUUCAUACAAAAUAA